AUGUCGACACCUUCAAAAAAGCGACUGAUUCGAGACUUCAAACGCCUCUCCACCGAUCCGCCUGGUGGCAUAUCUGGCGCACCUUGUGCUGACAACCUCAUGAUCUGGAACGCCGUCAUCUUCGGUCCCGCAGACACGCCAUUUGAAGACGGCACGUUCAAGCUCGUGCUGACUUUCGACGAAUCCUAUCCCAACAAACCACCCACCGUCAAGUUUCUUUCCAAAAUGUUUCAUCCCAACGUGUAUGCCAAUGGCGAAUUGUGUCUGGACAUCUUGCAGAACAGGUGGAGUCCGACGUACGAUGUGGCGGCGAUCUUGACAAGCAUUCAGAGCUUGUUGCACGAUCCCAAUCCGAAUUCGCCGGCGAACGCCGAGGCGGCGAGCUUGUACCGGGAGAACAUGAAGGAGUACGUCAGGAGGGUCAAGGCGACAGUGGAGGCGAGUUGGUUGGACGAUGGAGAGAUGCCGGAGUCUAUUGAAGAGGACGACGAGGCGGAGGCAGAGGCAGAGGCGGAAGCAACCGUGGAUAGGUCUGCGCCGCAAACGGCUUCGGCAUAG